GCGCGCUUCCUCUUCCGGGUCGGCUAGCGGCACUUCCGGCGGGUGACCCUGCGGAGUCCUUCUGGGUGGUGGGAGUGGAGCGAUGGGGCUGCGUGACCGCGUCGUUCACGCCGGGGAGCCCGAGGAGGAGGAGGAGGAGGAAGAGCUGGUGGAUCCUUUAACCACGGUCCGUGAGCACUGCGAGCAGACUGAGAAGUGCGUCAAGGCGCGGGAGCGGCUGGAGCUGUGCGACGCGCGGGUGUCCUCCAGGUCCCAGACGGAAGAGCAGUGCACGGAGGAGCUUUUUGACUUCCUGCAUGCCAGGGACCACUGUGUUGCUCACAAACUCUUUAAGAACCUGAAGUGAAGGCAGGUAUGAUUGUCCAUCUGCUUCCACAGCGUCAGCGGUUCCUGGACUCACAGUACCACUUCCUGCCCUUUCGUGCUCCAUGCCAAGUAUAAAUGAAAUGGCUUCCUGGCAGCGACUGAGCGUCAGAGUGUCCCUGUGUCUUGUCGGGGAAGAUGUGCAGCCGCGCAAAAACCAUGUUGAUAUUCUGUAAUUUUCCAUAUUAAACAUUCAGAGUUCCUGUGGAAAUA